AUGUCUCAUCCUACCGCAACCAGCCCUGCGCCGUGGAAGCCGACAUUUGAGUCCCAUCUUGAAAAGGUUGGGGGCGCAGGUGCAGAAUUCACUCUAGCAACCGUCAGUGCCAAGGGCUUGCCUCAUGCUCGAACCUGCAUCUUCCGUGGCUUCUGGGCAACACUACCGCCGAAUGAGCACAAUGAACUACCCAAGAACCCUUCGAUCUACGGGUCCGACUGUCCCACAUUCACUACGGAUGCACGCAUGGUCAAAACGUACGAUAUCUUUGCGACAGGGAAGGGCAAGGGAGACUUGGCGCAAUCCCGCUCAGGAUCCGGAGGUGGAGGCCCUGUCGAAGCGGUGUUCUGGGUCAAAGAGACAAUGACCCAAUGGCGGAUAAGGGGAAAGUGUUGGCUCGUGGCGGCUGAAGAUGUAGAAGGAGGAGAAGAGGCUCAGAAUUCGGGGACCGUCACCGUCAAAGCAGAAGUUGGACGGUAUAUGCGAGUCAAGGAGGGAUCCAACCAUGCCGAAAAGGAGAAAGACUGGUCAUGGAAGCUGGAGGUGGAAAACUACUUCGAGAACUUGUCGCCAAUGAUGAGAGGGACAUUUAAGAAUCCUCCUCCAGGACAACCGUUACGAGAAGGUAAGGAUGACAGUGCGGGCGAAGGACUCGGGCAGAAGGCGGGACACCUAUCAGAUGAACCGCUCGCGCGGAAGAACUUCCGGGUCUGUAUCAUCACGCCGGAGCAGGUAGAGGCAGUCGACCUGACUGAUCCUGCCAAUUGUAUUCGACAGGUGUGGACGUUGGCAGAGGAAGCGGGAGGGCCGGGAGGUCCUCAACCGAGUGAAUCUUUAGGCGAGUGGAACUUGGUCCAGACAUGGCCGUGA